GUGAAGACGGUGACGCAAGGCGACUCUUUCUACACUUCAGCCAAGACGUUUGAGGAGCUGGGGCUGAGCCAGGAGCUGCUGCAGGGGCUGUACACCGAGAUGAAGUUUGAGCGGCCGUCGCGCAUCCAGGCCCAGACGCUGCCCAUGAUCCUCACGCCGCCCUUCCGCAGCCUCAUCGCGCAGGCCCACAACGGCAGCGGCAAGACCACCUGCUUCACGCUGGGCAUGCUGGGGCGGGUGGACCCCAAGGUGCAGGCGCCGCAGGCCCUGUGCGUGUGCCCCACUCGGGAGCUGGUGGUUCAGAAUCAGAUGGUGCUCGAGCGCAUGGGCAAGUUCACAGGUGGGACUGGGUGGUUUGGGCGCGGGAGGGCGAGGCGGCGGGGCGGCGGGCGGCCAUCAACGGUCAUCAUCGGCACCCACGGCAAGCUGCGCGACUGGAUGCAGAAGCGGGUGCUGGAUGUGCGCUCCAUCGCAAUCCUGGUAUUUGACGAGGCAGACGAGAUGCUCAAGCAAGACGGCUUUGCCGACGACACCGUGCGCAUGAUCAAGCAGCUGCGGGCCGCCAACCCGCAGAUACAGAUCCUGCUGUUCAGCGCAACAUUCAACGAGCGUGUCAAGCGCUUCGCCCAGAAGAUCGUGCCCGACGCAAACCAGGUUUUCGUGCCCAAGGAGGAGUUGAGCCUGGAUGUGAUCAAGCAGUACCGCGUGCUGUGCCCUCACGGCUCCGACAAGGUCAAGGUGCUCAAGGACAUGAUCUUCCCCCUGUGCGAGAAGCUGGGCCAGACCAUCAUCUUUGUGCGGACCCGCGAGACGGCCCGCUCGCUGCACGCUGUGAUGGAGCAGGAGGGGCACAGGUGCACCAGCAUCGAGGGCGGCAUGGACAGGCAGGCGCGGGACAAGGUGGUGAAGGAGUUCAGGGAUGGCACCACCAAGAUCCUGAUCUCAACAGACGUCCUGUCCCGCGGCUUUGACGUCACGCUGGUCAUCAACUUUGAUGUGCCCGUGGAGCGGGACCUGCGCACCCCGGCCUUUGAGACGUAUCUGCAUCGCAUCGGGCGGAGCGGGCGGUUUGGCCGCAAGGGCGCCGCCUUCAACCUGGUCACGGGGGAGACGGUGAGGCGCUGGCUGGGGGUGGGGGGUGGGGGGUGGGGGGUGUAG